UGACGUGGGCGGAAGAGUGUUCUCUCUCUCUCUUUGAAUAAGCUUCCGCAUAUUUUCCCGGCUCGGGUUCGAGUGAUUUAUCUCAUCAACUCGGCUUCGGGUUCCAGUGUAAGUGGGUCUCCGUGGCUGGACACCGGACCGGACGUGAUAGAGGGUGACAUGAUGCUGCUGCACGUGGCUAAUUUUAGCACGUUGUUCGUGUGCAUGGUGCUGAAACUUCCCCAGAUUUUGGUGCUGAUGAGGGCGAAGACCACCACCGGGGUCAGUCUGAACAGCCUGCUGCUGGAGCUGACCGGGUUUAUAGUCUUUGUCUCCUAUCAGAUGUAUUAUGAUUAUCCUCCUCCUACCUACCUGGAGUAUCCCAUCCUCAUCGCACAAGAUGUGAUCCUGCUGAUUCUCAUCCUGCAUUAUAAUAGAAACAUGAAGCACAGUCUCAUCUAUGCUGCUGUGUUUGUCGGAGGCUGGAAACUGCUGACCAUGGAGAAGUGGAUCAUCGACAUGGCCAUGAGUGUGUGUACGCUCAUCAGUGCAGGCAGUAAGCUCCUGCAGCUUCAGUGCCUGUGGAGAUCCAAAGACUCAGCGCAGGUCAGCACCCUGACCUGGGCGUUAGCGUCCUACACCUGUAUGGCGAGGAUCUUCACCACCGUGGUGACCACUGGAGACACUCAGGUUCUGAUCCGCUUCGUGGCCAUGGCCGUUCUGAACAUGUGGGUGACGGCCACUGUGAUCUACUACAAGCCCAGCGCCAAGAAACGUGUCUGAGGGGUUCUGACAUCACUUCCUGUCACACAGGAACAUGGUUCUCUUGGUAUGAAGUUAAGUUAGUGACUGAAAUAUACAACAGACAGAGGACCAACACUCAACUGCCCCAGACAGGACGGAGCUGCCUUCCUUCCUUCCUUCCUUCCUUCCUUUUCUACAUGAAUUCUACAUGAACAUGUUCUCCAGUCCUUGUUCUUCCUUAACACUUCCUAACUCAGGAACUCUGCUUUAUUCUUUUUAUUUCACUGGAAUGUUUACAGCAGGAUGCAGAUGAACGACACGUCUCUAAACACGUCACGUUCAUGCACCGGUGCAUACGUUCUCUUCAUCCUGUCGGAAAUAUGAGUGUUCACGUUCUCUCAUGUGCCUUCACACACUUCUGAUACCUUCCUCUUCGGCCUGUGGAGCUCUUAUUCCAGACCUUGUGGUCAUUUUUCAAACUUCUGUUCAUUUUGUUAAAGUAGCUAAAGGACCAAAUUUCUUGAUGCACAGUGUGUUCACGUUUACGGUGAAGGAUAUGCACAAUACAAUUUUUAAAUUAUUUUUUUUAGAAAUAUCCAGGCGGUGUAAUAGACAGAUGACGGAAUUGAAACCAGUUUCAUCUUCCAGACAGCAGCAGGUUAAUAAAUCCAGCGUUUCUGCCAGUAUUUCUGACCACAUGACUGUAAUAACGGCGGCCUUCCUCUCGGACACUGAGGCCUUGUCCACGUGGCUCAGGAUAUUUUUAUAAAACCUAUUCUUUCUGUUUUUUCUGAAGACCCCACCACCUCCUUAUGUGUGUGUGUUUUACUGUAUAACAUUAUAAGGGUUUUUUUAAGAGACUUGACCACUUGUGUGUGUGUCCAGCUGUAUUAACUGAUCCGUUUGCUCGUGGGCGGGGCUGACGCUGAGGGGUGCGUUAUAUGGGACACCGUCACGUGACUCCUGAGUGUAUUUCCUCAGUGUAUUUUUUCUCUUUAGUUCUCUUAGACAAACAGAAUUGAGCUUAUAUUCGCACCGUGUACCUUCCCUUUAAAAUCAUCUGCAGAGAGAAAUAACUGCAGGAUGUUGAUCAAUAAAACCUUUCAGUUUCUGCGUGUGAGUGUUUUUGUUUUCUGGAAUUUUAACAUGCAGGUUUUACAGGGAAAAGAAAGUCAAUAAAAAUGAUACUAAUUUUACU